AUGCGGUGCGCCUGGGUGCUCGCCGUCUCCUCGUCCUGGCCGGCGGGUGAUCCUCUGGUCGGGGGGUGCCGGUGUCCACAGAGAGGCAGGAUGGUGCGGAUCGUCAGCGCGCUGGGGCUCGUCAUGUUCAGCGUAGCGCUGCUCAUCCUGUCGCUCAUCAGCUAUGUGUCCAUCAAGAAAGACUUUCUGCUCAGCACCCCGAGAUAUGGACCGAACGGAGGACCCAGGAUGUCCAUGUUCCACGCGGGGUUUCGUUCCCAGCUGGCGUUGAAGUAUCUGGAUCCAGCUUUCACUCCUUUGACCAACGCUCUGAGCGAGGACCUGCAAAACUCCUCGAAAUGGACCUACAACAGUUCUGCUUUUCUUCAGCUGAAAAACGAGAUCUCUCAAUACAUCGACAUCCCCCACAACUUCACACUGACAAGAGACUCAGUCCAAAUCGGACAGCUGAUGCACUACGACUACUCCAGUCACAAGUAUGUCUUCUCCAUCGGCGAGAACUUCCGCUCGCUCCUCCCCGAGGCCUCGCCGAUCCUCAACAAGCACUACAACGUCUGCGCAGUGAUCGGCAACAGCGGCAUCCUGACAGGCUCGCACUGCGGCGCCCAGAUCGAGAAGUUUGAUUUUGUCUUCCGAUGCAACUUCGCUCCGACCGAGAUCUUUAGGAAGGACGUCGGGCGGCGGACCAACAUGACGACCUUUAACCCCAGUAUCCUGGAGAAAUACUACAACAAUUUACUGACUGUGCAGGACAGGAACAACUUCUUCCUUAGCCUGAAGAAGCUUGAUGGCGUCAUCCUGUGGAUCCCGGCGUUUUUCUUCCACACGUCGGCCACUGUAACGAGGACGUUGGUCGACUUCUUCGUGGAACAUCGAGGUCAGCUGAAGGUCCAGCUGGCCUGGCCCGGAAACAUCAUGCAGUAUGUCAACAGCUACUGGAAAACCAAGCAGCUGUCGCCGAAGCGCCUGAGCACCGGCAUCCUGAUGUACACGCUGGCGUCCUCCAUGUGCGACCAGAUCCACCUGUACGGCUUCUGGCCCUUCGGUUGGGACCCCAACACGGGGAAGGAGCUGCCGUACCACUACUACGACAAGAAGGGCACCAAGUUCACCACAAAAUGGCAGGAGUCCCACCAGCUCCCCGCCGAGUUCAAACUGCUCUACAAGAUGCACACGGAGGGACUGCUGAAGCUCUCCCUCUCCCACUGUGCUUUGGGCUAAAGACUGCAGCAGGUGCGGCGCUCCUUUCGGACUCCUUUCCAGCGCUUUUCCAGGGGCGACAGUUGUCGAAAUGACGAGGCAAUUGAGGGUAGAGUUCAUUAUGGUCAGUGGUCGGUGCAAUGGGUUCCUAAACUCUUUUCAAACCCAAAGUGGGACUAACCGUUUGUACGAACUGCUCAAGUGACAGGAGUCGAUUGUUUUUUUACUUCUCAAGAAUCUAAAGACGACUAUGGUUUUGGAAAAGGUGGCUGCGGAUGGACUUUUUUGGGCAACGUUGUUUUUAUGGCAGAAUAUCACAAUCUUGAAUUGCUUCAUGGUGUUUUUAAUCGCUCGUUAUUCUUCGAACUGCGACUACAAAUCAGACUGACACAAACGCUGAGUCAAAGAAGGUAGAUCCCCCCUCCAGUUCUAUGAGGUUGAUGCAGUUUGGAUUCUGAUGUAGGGAUGCUCUGAAAACGGAAAAGUUAAACCUGGCUAAAUCUUUGCUGAAAUUUUACGCGGCACCACGCAGCAACGUGCUGAGUUAGUCGAUCCAAUAUCUGAAACCGCAAAUUGCUUUUCAGCCUGAAAAUGUCCUUAGUUUGUCAAAUCCUCAUUCAAAUUCAAAUGAAUUGUUAUAAAGUGCAGUGCAGUGUUUUGGCAUCUGAUAACCCUUCAAAAGUAUGAAUCAGUUACUCAAAGUGGACUUCCUGAAUCAUAUUUCAUUAUAUCACUAGUACCUGAAGCGACCACCAACAAUUAAAUUAAAUUAAAUUCAGUUUAUUUUGUAUAGCCUAA